CCAACAAGAGCUGCGUGUCAUACAACUCACAGCCAACCUGCUGCCAUAAAAAGUAAACAUUAUUUUAUAUACUUUUACAACGCUUAAAUCUGUCUAUGUCUGAGCUUUAACAGCUAAUGUGAGAUUAUUUUUUUCCUUUAAACUCUCUUAACUUGCUUAAAGAACAAAACAGCUGGAGGGUUUUAGUGCAGCUUUACGGAAGCCGGUGUUACUUUGUUAAACAUGGCUGACGACUUUGGCUUUUCCGCCCCCGACAACGGAGUUCAUACAGAAGAAGAUCCGGCCGCGGCGUUCCUGGCCCAGCAGGAGAAUGAGAUCGCCGUGAUCGAGAACGACAGCGCCGGGUUCGGCGCGCUGGAGGACGGCGGAUCUCCGCCCGCGAACACGUACACGUCGUUCGGAGAUGAUUUUGAAAGAGCACCGGCUACUGCUCUAAACGGAGAUAUGUUUCAAGACACCAACGGCACGACUGACAGCUACUCAGCCAUUGCCCAAGCUGACGUGCAGAGACAAGAACCUGAAAGCCUGCGCAAAUGGAGGGAGGAACAAAAGGCUCGGCUGGAGGAAUUAGAUGCAGCCUCUAAAGCAGCUGAGGCUGUGUGGAGGGAGAAGGCCCGGAAGGAACUAGAGGACUGGCAUGUACACCAGAAUGAACAGAUGGAGAAGAAUAAAGCCAACAACAGAGUGUCAGAGGAGGCCUUCCUCAAGGAGUGCGAUGAUGACAGUCCUGGAACAGAAUGGGAGAAAGUGGCCCGUCUAUGCGACUUCAACCCCAAAACCAGCCGUCAGACUAAAGACGUGUCUCGAAUGCGCUCCGUUCUUAUUUCUCUAAAACAGACGCCUCUGGUUCGCUAACAUAACUCCCUCUUAUAUCUACUAGGCUUUCUUUCUGGUUCCCUCUUGCACUUUAUGUUAGUGAGGCUGAACACUUUAACAGAUUUAAGCUUUUAUGUUUUUAAUAAGGGUCAUUGAAUGUGUACGCUUUACUGUAUUUAAACUUCCUAUUUAUGUGCCCUGGUGGUUUGCAAUGUCAGGAGACUUCGGCUGUUCCAUAUAUUGUAAGUGUGCCUCAAUCAUUUGAAAACAAGUCUAAGUUUUCAUCCCAAGUGACAUGAAAGGCAGCAGAUGUAUCGACAUACCAAAAGUAUUUUGGUUUAUCUUACAAGUUAUUUUGUAAUUGUUGUGACAUUUACAAAGCCCACAAACUAUUAGACAGCAUUAAUUCAGUGGAACCAGUAAGUGUCUUAUUGCCUUGUUACACAAGAAAUGGAAGUGUUUGGUUACAUUCUACACACGAACACAGUUUCGUUACCAUCUCUCACCCUAUAUAGUAUUUGUUUUACCAUUUAUUAGUCUUCCUAAAUUGAAUGUUGUGUUGUAAUCAGUAUCUGGGUUUGGCAUUAUCUGCUUUUGUGUAUUUCUAUUCACUACCAAGAGGGACGUUACAUUUCUGAGCUUGCUAAGGUUCUUGUUUUAUUAUAAUUCACACAUUACCACUUUUCAAUAUUCAAAAAGUUAGUUAUAAGUGCAGCUUUUAAUUCAAUGUGCAUGUUGCCCAUAACAGCAUUUUUAUACUUAAAAUAGAAGAACGCUUUUACAAAUGAAGGAGAAUUGCUCAGAUUUAACCUGCUAAUAUACCACUGCACAGACAUCCUUCAUGGCACAUUAGGCACAUGCCUGUGCUUACAUAGCGGUUGAUGUUUUCUGUUAUGUUACUAUAUACAUAAGGGACUAAUAAUUAUAAGUUUAAACCAUGUGCUUUUCUAGUGUACAGUUGGUAAUUGUGGCCUCAGUCUACAGCAAUGAAUCCUGUGCCUAAACCUUUUCUCACUGUGAGACUUAAGGCCUGUUCACACCAAGAAUGAUAACUAUAAAGAUAAGAAUAACUAUAUUAGCAUCCAAACCAGCGGAAGAUAUCGUCUGUUUAUUCUAAGCUCACACUUGACUGUCACUUUAAAUUCUCGAGCUCCUUAUCCACAUUUUUCUUCAAUGCAGAAGUAAGCCUAUAAAUGAGAAUUCUGGUUCAUAAUGAGAAAAAUAACACAAGUGCGUUUAUAAUUACGACAAUACAUAAUUAAAAAUAACAUGAUUGGACACGAAAGAGACCGGAAGCCAGACCCAUAAAAUUUACAAAUGGCCACGACCGCUCUUAAAGGAAAAAUAAGGUGGAUAGCAAGAUUGAUUCUGAUUGACUGUCAAUGGUUUAUUCGUUUAUCAGCUGGAAAAAAUCGUUUUGAAAGUGAUUCCAACGAUAUUGUUUCUCUGUACCUUUAUUGUUAUAGCUGUGGUGUGGAUUUUUAUAACUAUAUAGUUAACGGUCCUUGGUGUGAACAGGCCUUUACUGUCUAUCUGUAGGCCUUGAUCAUUCAAAACUGCCAAAACCACUAGAAAUAAAACGUAGCACAGUAAGAUAAUGCAGAUAGUUGUAUUUUUACGUAAAAUGCUGGAAUUUAAACAAUACUGCUUUUUAUAGUCCAUAUUUUGAAUUACUACUUGUUACUUAUACAUGUUACAGAUUGUUUGAAAAUUGAAUUUUUGUUGGCUUUUAAGAUAACUUAAGUUGCAUAUUACAACAAAUGAUGGUUCAUAGCCAAAGAAACCAUCUGUAUGUUAUUGACUGUUUCAAUUCAACUUUGGGUUCUAAUUCAACAAUCUAGUGAAAAUUAUUGUGUAAUUUAAAAUUGGUUGGAUUUCUCUGUCCCCCUUUUAUAGAUUUCUUAGCCCUUACUCUGACCCCAAAAUGUGUGUGUAUUAGUGCAGACCAUGCAAUAAUUAUUCUGUAUUCAAUAACAGUAAAUAAAAUAAAUUCAUUUAAAAACA